AUGACAUUUAGAUCGUUAGCAUUAUCAUCAACAGCGCAGUAUAUACCAGCGUUUCAAGCGGUCACCGAUUAUGACAAACACCAAUAUCAAAUUCUAUGCGAGAGGUUGCCUGGGUUAAAUCCAGCUCAAAUAGCCAUAUGCCGACAGCACCCAUUCGCAAUACCAUCAAUAGGACGUGGGGCACGUGAUUCAGUUGUAGAAUGUCAAACACAGUUCAAAUAUGAAAGAUGGAACUGUUCCGAACGCAUCGACAAAAAUGUCAGUAACUCUAUAUCAGGAUUUCAGGAUUUACUUGGAAGAACGCUCAGAGCAGGUAAUAAAGAAACGGCAUUCAUCUCGGCGGUAGCAAGUGCCGGGAUCGUGCACGCCAUAACAAAAGGAUGUAGUACGGGUAACCUUACCGAAUGUGGUUGCGACAAUCAGCCGAGCGCACAGAGAUACACCGAUACGGCUAUAGUGCAAAAUAUGCAUAAACAGUGUAGAUGCCAUGGCGUAAGCGGUUCUUGCGAAUUUAGAACGUGCUGGUUGCAAAUGCCGAAAUUCGCCGAAGUGGGUGAAAUGCUAAAGCAACGCUACAAUCAUUUUUCUGUACAGGUAGCAAGACGAGCGAAGAAACGUCUGCGGCGAAAGGAAAGAUCAGAGAGGAAGAAACCGUUACGAGGAAACGAAAUAGCGUACAUUAAUAAAUCACCGAACUACUGUGAGCCAAAUGAGGCUGAGGGCGCCGCCAUAAAAAGCACCUCUGCUGUUUCAAAGCAUGGGGUGAACCUGAACAGGUCAUAUUCGGUAUACUUGGAACGAAAGGAAGAGAAUGCAAUCAACUCUCGCUUAAUGCAGACAGCUGUGAUCUGCUAUGUUGUGGACGAGGGUAUAAUACGCGAGAAGAAGUACGUGAAACGCAAUGUCACUGCAAGUUUUUUUGGUGUUGUUCUGUGA